UAAACAACGUGAAGGAGAUGGCACUACACCGUGGAGCAGAGAUGGACGGGUGGAGAAGAGAGGAGAAAGAGACACAGUGACGGAGAGGGACAGAGAGACAGACAGAGAGACAGAGAGAGAGAGAGAGAGAGAGAGAGAGAGAGAGAGAGAGAGAGACUCGCGCGGAGGGAUAGAGGACAAAAACGUGACUAGGCAGCCUAAGAGCUGUUAUGCAACCGCUGACCUACUAACACAUAUUUCUAGAAAGGGAGCCGGAGAAACUGGAGCAAAGUGUCCGACACCGCACAACACAGAGGCAGCGCGAGCCAAGAGACAGAAACUGCAUCCACCCGACCCACUGACUCAACCACAGCUGAGCAGAGCACCGACACGACCGGCAGACGAAAACUUUUCGCCUUUUUGGGAGGUUUCUUCUCAAAAGACAAGGAAAGGAGGAAACGGGAGCGAGACAGCUUUUGUGUCGGGGAAGCCUGAAUCUUUUUUUUCCCCCUCCUCCAGGACAUGGAAAGUUAGUGGUCAGCAAACCGCACCACUGAAGCCGGAUCCUCAGGGAGCCCCGAAGUAGACGGACUGACCUACAUCUUCUGUGAGACACUGAGAGAAGCAGGGCAACGGCCUGACAGGCAUCAAAGCUCUGCUCAAGUUUGAGGAAGACUGCGAUAAACUCAAAAUCACCUUGAGGGAGACUCCAGAGACCGCUUUGAACUAUUUACCAAGAUAGCUGGAAGACUCUUCGCUCAAGAAACAAACUUGUUUCUUUUUUUAGGUUCUUUGUUCAGAACACUACUUCAAUGUCUGAGGUUUUUGUGGAGUUCCACCUCUUUUUAAUCUUCUUGGCUAAUAUGGACACUUGAAAAUUUUAUUCUUGAAAGUUAAGUAACAGAAAUCAAUGAGGCUGUCCCUUCGAGGAGCACAAAUACCUCAUCAAGAAGUUUUCGCUGAUCCUGCGACAUAGGUCAAUCUCCUUAGUAACGAAACAGAAAGCUCAUAUAGUUUUGCAUCUUUUCCCUCCCCCCCUUUGCCCUUUGCUAGAGUUACACUCUGGCCCAGCUGGGAAAAAAUGGAAAGUCUGAGUAUACACAUCCCAUCCACCAGCAACAAAAAUGCCAUGGAGAUAGAUACUUUUUCUAACUACAACGAAAGCCUCCCAUCCCCUACUCCUGAAGCUGGAGCGCGGGUCAGCCGUCAGCCCAAAGGUUCCAAGCCCAGUGCGGCAUGCCGUCGCAAGAGAGAGUUUAUUUCUGAUGAGAAGAAAGAUGCCUGCUAUUGGGAAAAACGGAGGAAGAACAAUGAAGCAGCCAAGCGAUCAAGGGAAAAGCGCCGCCUCAAUGACAUGGUGCUGGAGAACCGGGUCAUGGCGCUGAAUGACGAGAACGUUCGUCUUAAAACUGAGCUCCUUCAACUCAAGUUACGUUUUGGCCUCAUCAGCACAGCCUCCUACAUGGAGAAGAGUCAACAAAUCUCCAACAGCGCUGCUGCUACAAAUGCUGCAAUCAAUGGGAGCAGCUCCAAUGGCACCCCAAAUAGUAAUGCCUACCUCUCAAGCAGUGGCUACUCCAGUGCAUCUCAGGUGAUGCUGAAUUCUGACUCAUCUGAAACUGAACAGUCAAGCCGUGGCGAACGCCACAACAUGCUUCACGGUUACUCUCCCCGGGGCUCCGUCUCUGACAUGUCUGAUGGCUCCUCCAGAGACAGCCCUGAACCCAUGGGCUACAGCAUAAAGAAGGAGCCCUCAAGUAUGGAGGUGGCCAGGUUGGAAAGCAACGGGAUUUCCAAUGGGAUCGCUAACAGGAUGACCAAUGGACUGCCAAGUGGGGCCUACCAUGGCAACCACACUGCUCUGGUUUCAACUCACCAGCAGAACACCUCAUUGGCUGAAAGUGCCAUGGACUACCAGCAUCCCCAACAGCAGCAGCAAUGCCACAUGGAGGCCUCAAGUCCCGCUCCUCAGGCAACCUCCGCACAGAGGAGUGUUAUCUUGUACCGCUCCAGCAGCGGCUGUUAUCCCAUGGAGAACCAGAGGCCGGAGGACCAGCAGCCCCUGCAGUGCAGACCGCUGCAAGGCCAGAACAUCUCAACCCCCAAGUUCUCUGACUGCUCACUGACCAUCACAGAGGUCGCUGAGAAGCUAGAGAGGACGAAGACCAUGGACUCACCUCAGUAUGAAUACUCUAAUGGUCAUGUUGAUUUGGCAGAGGAGCUGCAGCAAAGGUACAAGUCCAAUACCCAACAACAGCAUGAGAACCAUCAUGAGAACUACAGCUACCAGGGUCAGGAAAGCAGUAUUCAGCAUGCAGAAAGCCACCAGAACCCCUUUGCCCCUGAUCUGAUCAAUAACACUGAGGAGGGCAAGUCGUCCCUCACACAGCACAACAGCUACCUCAACACACUGGACGAAGAGCCCCCAGUGCUCACCUACGAGGGAGGCCCGCGGGCUGAUGGUUUUUACCAGGAGAACUCUUCCAAUAAGGACACCUCAUCCAGUGAUGGGGACCCUCGUAGCUCUGACAAGGAGGCCUCCACAGAUGAUGAGUCUCCCUCCUCGUCCUCCUCAGAUAUCAGCAGCUACCACCAGAAGUCUGAGGGACCUGCUGGCUCACAUAGUGAAUUCCAAACUGAGGUCAAAGCCACUGCCCUACCCCACAAGCUGCGCCUCAAGUACAGAGCUUUGUCCAAUGGGGCGGCAGGAGUGCAGCUGGAGAGACCAGUUAACUCCUCCGUGUCCCCCUCUCCUAAUUUGCCUCAACACCCUUACUUAGCUCUACCCAGCAACCCUCACAGUGCCCAGACCAAUGGCGAGAGCAAAGACAUGGAAAAUGAAACUGAGUAUGCAGAAGAGGUCAAGUCUCUUGUUAAUGAGCGGGCAGAGGCUAAAAAGGAGGGAGGAAAGAGGGGAUCCAGCAGCAGUAAAGGUGGGCGCAAUAAGAGGCGAGAUUAAGGACAUUUUGGGGCAGCGCAAGCGCUUUCCUGUCACCUCUUUGUCAUCUACAACAGACAGACAAUUAUGAUUCACAUCGCCACCUUACAAGACAGAGAAGUAGCCAGUGAUCUGUGUGAACUGUUUUUAGGAUGUGAUUUCACCAUAAAGUUCACUGUGUCACCUGUUCCCCAUCCCUUUACUCUCUUUACUCCUACCUCCCACCUGUCCCUCUAAUGAAAAUAAUAGAUCACUUACGAGGGAGGGGACAGAAUGAAACUCUCCAGAUAUUUCCUGGGAUAUUUCCUUCGUGGAAAAUUCAAACAUUAUUCAAUUAUUCAUUUUGUACCAACUGCCUUGGUGGCUGGCCAGCGUCUAUUGUGGCAUUAUGGGAACAUUCCUUUUACCAAAGAAUACACAUCCUUCCCUUAGUGUCUCCCUUUUUGGCAGAGUUACAUUCUUCCUCCCUCAGAACACAUCUGUACCUUUCAUCCUCUUAACAUCUGCACACAACCCUCUUCACUUCUGAAGCACUUAGAUUGUAUAUUACUGUGACAUAAAUUUGCAUAUAUGGAGUAUAUAUUUUACAAAGAAAAAUUUGGCAAAAACAACAAAAAAUAAAGCAGUGGGAAACAGAAGUCGUAGACUUCAACAUAAUGAGUUUGUUCCUGUUGAGACACCUUGUACAGUCCUUUUUUGUCUAGAAAAUGCCUCAAAGAAGUUUUUUUUAUGAACUAAAACUAUGAGCCGCAACGUUUUAGCAACAAAGGUACCCUUUUUUCGAAUCAGAUCAGGGGCCUCAUUCAGGUGAUCUGAGCUCUUUUGACACUUAAAGCUGUCAAAACAGUCUAGGCCAGUUAUACGCAUAUCAGUCAAGGCUAUGCAGUCACACAUUGCUGUUGGCAAAACCUGACAGCACAAGGCAAACCUUGUUUGCCAGCCGUUCAACAGAAGUCAAUAAUCUUCAUUUCCAGACACAAACUGUCUGUCUAAUAAAUGAAAUUGCUCUCCAACCAGCAAAGCUGCUCUCUCUUCAUAAGGUGCCUCUUUAUUGUGUUGUCCCUCGUCCCUACUUUGGCCAAUGUCUUAACAAUCCCACUCACCUCAGCACUGAGUUGUUUUUGCUAGAUCAUAUAGUCUGUACAAGUUUAACUGUUUCACUUCCUGGUGCCUGCCUCUGGCCACUAUGUAUAAAUGUAAAGUUGUCGCUCUCUCUCUUGUAUACUGCUGUCAUAUUUUAUUAUUAUUUUAUUAAUAUUGUUAUUUUCUAUUAUAUUCGGUUAUAAUUUUGGUUAUUAUUAUUAUUAUGUGUAUUUUUCUGUCAUCCUGUUGUGUCAUUUUGCUCUAUGCUCUUCCUAGUUGUGCUGUGUAUUUACCCAUGCUGCCCUUUGCCCCAGUUUCCAUUUGUACUCUGUGUUAUCGUAUAACCUUUGUUGUUUGACGAAAGACUUUCCCAAAAAAUGAAAAAAAAAAAAAAAAUGGAAUAAGGCUUGUCCAGAAGUGAUUAUGUAUCGCUAUACUUCAUGUGGAUAUGCAAAAUGGUUACAAAACACUCUUCUUUUUUUUUUUUUGAUUGUGAAAGAUUCAAAAUGGGGAAAAAAAUAAACGGUUGUUGAAUUCA